AUGGACGGCGAUGGCGGCCGCCGAGAUGCCCCCGGGGCGCUGAUGGAGGCCGUGCGGUGCAUCGGGGCGGCCGCGGGCAUGGCGGAGCCGGCGGCGGCGCCGCGGGUGCGCGAGGCCCGGCCGGUACACCAGCGCUUUCUACGGCGCAGCGUGGUGGAGUCGGACCAGGAGGAACCGCUGGGCCUGGAGGCGGCCGAGGCGCCGGGCGCGCAGCCCCCGCAACCGCUGCAGCGCCGUGUGCUGCUGCUGUGCAAGACACGACGCCUCAUCGCAGAGCGCACCCGGGGCGCCGGCCGCCCAGCGCCUGCCGCGUCGCCCCUCGCCCCCGGCGUCCUUGCGCUCUCCGCCUCCGAGGCAGCGGACGCGCAGGACUCGGGUCUGGACCCGGUCCCAGCCGCCGCUCCUGCUUUGCGAGCCCCCGACGGCAGUUCUCGGGAGGAGGCGGUGGCUGAGAGGAAGGAGGACGCAGGCACAGGCGAGGCGAAGUCGGAGCCCGAGCCCGGACGCGCCCGGAGAGAGGAACCGGAGGAAGAGGAAGACGACGAGGACGACCUCAAGGCCGUGGCCACAUCACUAGACGGCCGUUUCCUCAAGUUCGACAUCGAGCUGGGCCGCGGCUCCUUCAAGACAGUUUACAAGGGGCUGGACACGGAGACCUGGGUGGAGGUCGCCUGGUGUGAGCUGCAGGACCGGAAGCUCACCAAACUGGAGCGGCAACGGUUUAAGGAGGAGGCUGAAAUGCUGAAAGGCCUGCAGCAUCCUAACAUUGUGAGAUUUUAUGACUUCUGGGAGUCCAGUGCUAAAGGAAAGCGAUGCAUUGUGCUGGUGACAGAGUUGAUGACUUCAGGGACACUGAAGACGUACCUGAAGCGGUUUAAGGUGAUGAAACCCAAAGUUCUUCGCAGCUGGUGUCGGCAGAUCCUGAAAGGCCUGCUGUUUUUGCAUACUAGGACACCACCUAUCAUCCAUCGAGAUCUGAAAUGUGAUAAUAUUUUUAUCACUGGACCAACUGGGUCUGUGAAGAUUGGUGACUUGGGCCUGGCCACCCUCAAAAGAGCGUCAUUUGCCAAAAGUGUGAUAGGUACCCCUGAGUUCAUGGCACCUGAGAUGUACGAGGAGCACUACGAUGAGUCUGUGGAUGUCUACGCCUUUGGGAUGUGCAUGCUGGAGAUGGCCACUUCGGAGUACCCCUACUCGGAGUGCCAGAAUGCUGCCCAGAUCUACCGGAAAGUCACCUGUGGUAUCAAGCCAGCCAGCUUUGAGAAAGUGCAUGAUCCUGAGAUCAAGGAGAUUAUUGGGGAGUGCAUCUGUAAAAACAAAGAGGAAAGGUAUGAGAUCAAGGACCUCCUGAGCCAUGCUUUCUUCGCGGAGGACACAGGGGUCCGAGUGGAGUUGGCAGAGGAGGACCAUGGCCGGAAGUCCACCAUUGCCCUCCGGCUAUGGGUCGAAGACCCCAAGAAGCUGAAAGGGAAACCCAAGGACAAUGGGGCCAUAGAGUUCACCUUCGAUCUGGAGAAGGAGACACCUGACGAUGUGGCACAGGAAAUGAUUGAAUCUGGAUUCUUCCAUGAGAGCGAUAUGAAGAUUGUGGCAAAAUCAAUCCGGGACCGGGUGGCGCUGAUCAAGUGGCGGCGAGAAAGGAUCUGGCCUGCCCUGCAGCCCUUGGAGGCACAGGCCACUGAGAGCCCAGACAAAGCCAGGGGUCCCAACGUGCCACUGCAGGUCCAGGUGACGUAUCAUGCACAAGGUGGGCAUCUGGCGCCCACGGAGCCAGAGGAGCCUGAGGCUGACCAGCACCUCUUCCCACUCAAGCUCCCAGCAAGUGCUACAUCCCUUGCAUCGGACAGUACCUUUGACAGUGGUCAGGGCUCCACUGUGUACUCAGACUCGCAGAGCAGCCAGCAGAGCAUGGUGUACAGCUCCCUACCAGAUGCCCUGCCCUGUGUCUACAGUCCCCCAAUGAGUGAGGGACCCGGCCUGCCAACCAACCUGCCCACCCUGGGCACCUACCAGCAGCCCACUGCGGUGAGUCCACCUACCCUGUCUUAUACACUGUGCCUGGGGGCAGUGCCAGCUUGUCCUGGCCCACCCCCUCAGCAGCACUUCCCGGAACCAUCGAUGAGCUUCGCACCUGUGCUGCCACUGCCCAGUGCCCCCAUGCCCACAGGCCCAGGCCAGCCACCACCCGUGAGCCAGCAGCCUCCACCACUGGCCCAGCUGACACCCUUGCAGCCAGUUCUGGCUCCACAGCCCCUGGGUCAGCUCCAGCCGGUGCCCCUGCACCUGCCUCCGUACCUGCCUCCAGCUGCUCAGGUGGUGGCCCCCACACCGCUGAAGCCCCUUCAGAUGCCGCAGGUGCCCUUGCCACCGCUCGCUCAAGUUCCAGCUCCUCAGAUGCCUCAGCUUCCUGUCAUUCCUCCCAUCACCCCCCUGGCAGGGGCUGACAGCCUCCCUCCAGCUGUCCCUGACUUACCGGCUGCCAGCCUGCCCCCGGUGCCGCCGCCGCCACCGCCUCAGUAUUUCUCUCCGGCUGUGAUUUUGCCAAGCCUCCCUCUUAACCCUACUGCCCCUUUGCCCACCUCUCCGGCCCUGCCUUUGCAGGGGGUCAAGUUGCCCCAUGCCCCCUUGGCAGUGCCCUGCCGGACAAUUGUGCCAAAUGCACCAGGCACCACCACUGCCAUCCCUCUGCUUGCCGUGGCCCCACAGGGCGUGGCCACCUUGUCCAUCCAUCCUGCUAUGGCCCAGCUGCCUGCCCAGCUGCCCCCACAGCCUAUGUACCCAGCUGCCUUCUCACAUAUUGUGCCCAGUGAAGUACCACCUUCUCCCCAUCAUGCUCAAAACCUGCGAGUGGUCCCCCAGCAGAAGCAGCCAGUACCACCCCAGCCACAGAUGCCCCAGCCACAGCUGCCCACGCUUCCUCAGCCCUCUCAGCCAAGCAUCAGCCAUCUCUCUGAGCAGACUGCUCUGGCUGCUGGGGCAGGGACCCAGGUCCUCCUGGGCCCCCCAGCCCCAUAUGCAGUGGACCCUGCAGCCCUGGUCUCUGUAUCCAUGCCGCCCACAACUGUUCUCUCCCCACCACUGCUGGAGCUGCUGCCCCCAGUUGCUGGCCCUGAGCUCCUACCACAGCUCUCCAGCUCCCUAGCCUCCACAGUGAUGGCAACUGCACAGAGCCUGCCUUCUCAGACCACCACACUCCUGCCUCCUGCUACCCCACCACUGCCCACUGGGGCCCUGGUCGCUGCUCCCUGCCCUGCCAUCCAGCUGACAGUAGACCCAGCCCAAGAGGAGCAGGCAGUGCAGGACAAGCAGCCAGGCCUCCUACAGAGCUGUGAGAGCUAUGGGGGCUCUGACAUCACUUCUGGGAAGGAAAUGAGUGACAGCUGUGAAGGUGCUUUUGGAAGUGGGAAGCUCGAUGGCAAGUCCUCUAAGAAGCACCAUCGAAAAUCCACCCGUACACGUUCCCGCCAGGAGAAAGCCAGCCGGCCCAAGCUGACCAUCCUAAACGUGUGCAACACAGGGGACAAGAUGGUGGAAUGCCAGCUGGAGACACACAACCACAAGAUGGUAACAUUCAAGUUUGAUCUGGAUGGGGAUGCACCGGAUGAGAUUGCCACAUACAUGGUGGAGCAUGACUUCAUCCUACAGACUGAGAAGGAGACAUUCAUUGAGCAGAUGAAAGACAUCAUAGACAAGGCAGAGGACAUGCUCAGUGAGGACACGGAUGGGGACCGUGGUUCAGACCCUGGCACGAGCCCUCCACACCACAGUGCCUACAGCCUGGAUGCAGGAGAAGAAGGUCGACACUCCCAAGCCAAUGCCCCAGUCUAUCAGCAGAAUGUCCUGCAUACUGGAAAGAGGUGGUUUAUCAUUUGUCCAGUAGCUGAAAACUCAGCAACAGAAGUUCCUGAGUCUUCACCCCCACCACCUGUCAGCUCCCAGCGACCAGAUGCAAGCCAAGAUCCAAUUCCUUGUGUAGACCCGCUAUCCUCAAAGGAGCCACCUGGCCCCCUCAUUGGCCCACAGCUUCUGAACCAUGCCGGCCUCAAUGACCCCACUAGCAGUGUACUUACCCCUUUGGUACCAUCCUCCUUUCCUGUGACUGACUCACCCCAAGACACAGCAUUGCUAGCAGCCACCACCAUGCCAGAGCCAGCAACAGGGUCUACCAUCCAAGCAGAAGGUGCUGGCACCCCUCCAGGGCUGGGCAGAGAUCAUGAGAUGCCCCCAGUGCUUAUGGAGACCCUUGAUACCCAGUGUGCUGUGCAGCCCCUUGGUUCCAGCCAAGAACCCUGUACCCAACAUCUGGGGGAGUCAGCUUCAGCCCUGGAAGCAAGCACUUGGGGAGAGCCCCUGCCAUCACUGGCAUCUGAGCCCAGCCCCCUUGACCUGGCCACUUCUCAGCUCCCCAGCCCCCCACUGGGGCCCACUGCCCCCACUCUGCCCCCUGUGGCCAUGGAAUCUGAUAGUGAAGGGCCACCCCCCAGGGUGGGCUUUGUGGACAACACCAUCAAGAGCCUGGAUGAGAAGUUACGCACCCUGCUCUACCAGGAGCACAUCCCCACAUCCUCUGCCUCGGCAGGGACCCCAGUCGAGCUGGGCGACAGAGACUUUACCCUGGAGCCUCCCUCUUCAGCUUUGGCCGAUGUGCCCCCAGGUCCUACCCUGCUGCCUGAGCCCAUGUUGGAAAAGUCAGAAAUGGCAAUAAGACAAGUGGGUGCGCUGGAACAGCGGCAGCCUUUGACAGUAACAGGUGAGAUAAUGGGACUGAAUCACUUGGGCUUGCCCUCCCCUAGUGCUCACAUUGAAUCUUUUCCUUCCUUGCUUCCUCCCAAGGAUGCCUCAGCUUCAGUGGUCCCCACACAUUUGGAGCACCCAGGCUGGGCUGACAAGAUCCCCAGGGAUACCUCGGCUGAGCCCACACAGGACUCCACAGGGAUGCUGGCCACAGAGGGUGAAGCUGGCCACUCUCAGGCACACAGCUGCCUGGACUCAGGCUCCCCACAAAAGCAACCAGGGCAGGAGAACAGCAGCUCACCAGCCAAAACUGUGGGCCGCUUCUCAGUGGUCAGCAUGCAGGACGAGUUAACCCUAGCCUCAUCCCAUAGCCUGCGCUACUCAGCCCCGCCUGAUGUAUACCUGGAUGCACUGCCUGCCAGUCCUGAUGUGAAACUGGCAGUACGCCGUGUGCAGACAGCCUCCUCCAUUGAUGUUGGUGCCACCGAACUCGUAUCCAGUGACUCUGGGGAUGAGAGCCUACAGAGGAGGCCUUCAGUGCAGAAGCAGGUGUCCCUGCCCAGCAGCAGCAGUGCAGCCAAUGACUUCGUCAAGAAGGCCACUGCCUUUCUUCAUAGGUCUUCAAAAACAGGCUCACUGGGCCUGGACACACCCAGUCGACCCAGCAUCAAGAUCCCCACCAUCAGUGUCACCUCUUUCCACUCCCAGUCAUCCUACAUCAGCAGUGACAAUGACUCAGAGUUUGAGGAUGCCGACAUAAAGAAGGAGCUGCAGAGCUUGCGUGAGAAACACUUGAAGGAAAUCUCAGAGCUACAGACCCAGCAAAAGCAGGAGAUUGAGGCCCUGUACCACCGCCUAGGCAAACCACUGCCCCCCAACGUAGGCUUCUUCCACACAGCACCGCCCACUGGCCGCCGGAGGAAAACCAGCAAGAGCAAACUGAAAGCCGGGAAACUACUCAACCCCCUGGUACAGCAGCUCAAAGUCGUGGCGUCCAGCACAGGUCACUUAUCAGACUGCAGCAGAGGCCCUCCUGCUAAGGACCCCACCCAAGGGGGAGCAGGGCCUGCUGCAGAAAGCCCAGCGGCACCCCCGGCUCCAGACCCAUGUGGCAAGGCAGUCCACACUCAGCAGCCCUGCUCUGUGAGAGCCUCCCUGUCUUCUGACUUCUGCUCCGGCUUAGCCAGUGAUGGAGGCGGAGCGCAUGGCCAAGGCUGGACGGUUUCCCACCAAACGUCUGAGAGAGUGGCCUAUAAAUCUAGUAGCAAACCUCGUGCCCGAUUCCUCAGUGGACCUGUGUCUUUGUCCAUCUGGUCAGCCUUGAAACGUCUCUGCCUAGGGAAAGAACACAGCAGUAGGUCUUCUACAAGCAGCCUGGUCCCGGGCCCUGAGCCAGGUCCUCAGCCCACCCUGCAAAUUCAGGCACAGGUGAACAACAGCAACAACAAGAAAGGCACCUUCACAGAUGACCUGCACAAGCUAGUAGAUGAGUGGGCCAGCAAGACUGUGGGUGCUACACAGCUAAAACCAUCACUGAACCAGCUGAAACAGACUCAGAAGCUGCAGGACAUGGAAGCCAAGAUGGGCCUGGCCCCGGCAGCCAAUGAGGCACAGACUGUGAGCACACCAAAACCAGGAGUGGGGAGGCCCUGCCUAAGCCCAGGGCCAGGCCCUCUGUCCACGACAGUCGUCCCUGGAGCUGCCCCGGCCAUGCCCGUGCCCAUGCCAGAUUCUGAGAGUGAGAAGCCAGACUGA